UCUGCCUAGUGAAAUGUUGUUGGAACUAUCAGCUGUCAACAAGGACUGUUGUUCUCGGUUUUCCACACGAGAAAUUGCACAUUUCCUUCAUGCAGCCUAACGAAAUCGAUUGCACUUUAUUAUUAUAUGGGGAUAAAGUUUGGCGUGGUUGUUGUUAGUUGGUUAGUGAGGGUUGAAGGUUGGCGGAGCGUGACCGGGGGGUCAUAAUGGGGCAGCAUGGCGAGCCUCGGGUGCACUGGACCAGAACACACCACCACCUCCCCAACACUCUCCUUCCUCUCUCACACACUUAUCCCUCCCACCACAACCUCCAAGGUAGGCACUGAGAGUUGGCAAUGGGUUGUAAGGUGUGCCAAGGGACGGGGGAAGGAUGGGUGGCUCGGGGGGUGGAAGGGCCCAGUAGACGGCCGAUGGGGCAAUAUAUAGUAUUGUGGUCAGUGUGAUGUUGAACCCUGGUGUAGGCAGUGAGCAUGUCCAGCGUGUCCAUCUUGUAGGUCUGCUGCUUCCCUGGCUCCUGUCGACCUCAAGAGUCCUCUUUUUAAGCAUUUUUCAGUAGACUUGCAGCACCACUCAUAUUGUUAAGAUAGAAUUCAAGAUGAGUUCCGAUACUUUGACCUUGCCAACAGAUGUGGAGGUUCACGAGAGUAUCACCAAUAUUGCCAUCUGGUUAGAAACUCAUAGUCAUGCUGGGCCCCAACAAACUCCAGAAGAGAUCACAUCAGAAGAUUUAGCUGUAGCUGUACCUGGGGAGUGUCUCUUCCCAGAGCUAUGUGCAGAAAAUGAGGAAGCAUCACAUGAAGAAGAGAAAGGUAUCCUUGUGUACACAGAUAGUCAUGAAGAUAAAUACAUCUGGCUGAAGGGAGACUGGCAUCCCUUGGAGAGAGUUUUACUCAUUUCUUCGCCAAACAGUGGAUGGGUUCGAACUUCGUGCCUGGGUGAGCGGCUGCUGGUGCUUGUGCUGACGCAGCUGGACUAUGCUGCUCGUGAGGCUGAGGCUGAAGUGCCCUAUGGCUGCUGUCCCCUGACUGACCUUACCUACCUCCUCUGGCAUCUACAUCGUCCAGCUGGCAUGUGCUCGCUCAAACGCAAGGGUACAAGUAUAUGGGGUGGUGAAGAUGUAUAUGCAUGCGACACUCUGGAUACCAUGUAUGUUCGACCAUGUGCUCGAAGACAAGGUCAUUCAUUAGCUUUGUUGCGGACACUGGCAUCAGAACUUCCUCCUGGUGAUCACCUUGGUUUGUCUCAUCCAGUCUCUCUCAGUAUGUGCAAAGUGCUAUUAAAAUUCAUUCAAGUGUAUCCUGAACUACGAGAUACUCUAUGGACCCUGGAUGAAGAUGGGGAAGUUUCUGGCACUGUGACUCUGAUGCUGGGUUCUCUUAUGAUGCGUGGGGCCCUUCUCGGAGCUGGCACUCACAUCUCUUCCCAGCCUCACCAACCUAUGGAGGAAGCCCAGCAGCCCAUGGAACAAACAGAUCAACCUAUGGAACAGACAAAUAUGCAGCAGAAGGAACAAGUGCAACAGCAACAGGAAUCUGAACCCUGUGAUACAUCUUAAGGGCAAACCUGGAGGGGCUCCAGGAGACACUAAUUUUAUUUAUUGAAGUUCAUUUGUUGUUUGUUGAAACUUAUUCAGGAAGAGUUUAUAAAUUUGUUACAUAAUCUGCAAUUUUACCCAUUUAAAAUUUUAAGCAAGUUGUUACUAUUUAAGAUAAAUUAAUUGUUAAUUAAGCAAGUUUACUAAAAGUAAUCUGUAUGCAUUAACUGAAGAAAAUGCUGGAAAAAAGAAUGAUUAAACCCAAUCUUCUUUUUUAUUAUGAGAAUGUUUUUAAUAACCAGUACUUGUGUAAUCUCUCAGUAAUAGGAAGGCAGAAUUUGAGGUUAAGCACAUGUGCAAAUACUGGAUCAGUAAUUUAUAUAAGCUCUGCCAUAAAUUAUGACAUUUCAGCUACAAUGGUCAAAUAAUCGAGCUCAAAAUGAUUAGCCGGAUUCGAGUUAGUCACAGUGUGGCAUUGAGGAUAUAUUCACCACAAUUAUUUGAAGACAUUAAUACACCUGUUUGUAGUUGGCCAGAUUUGCUGUCCAUCACAUGGUAAGUGUUUCAUACUUGGCAUGUGAUGUCUGAAGCAGUAUCAGUAAGGUGUAUGAAACUACAGUACUGUAGUUUAAAUUAUACUGAAAGACACAAGGUGCUUCAUUACAGAUAGUUUAGCAACACAGUUGCUCAAAAAUUGUAAUAUACAGUAUCAGAAAUUGAUUAGACUAAAAGCAUUGGCCUCAUUCAUCCAUGAGAAAACUCACAAGGAAAGUAAAGUGUACAGUAAUUAUUUGUUUUAUCAUUUAUGAUUUUAUCUCUGGCUACUUUAUUGUGUAAUAAGUGGCAAACUAUCAAGUCUUAUGGUUCUUGUUUUCCUUUUAAAAAUCUUUAUUCCUCUUUUUUUUUUCUUUGUGCUUUUGGAUUGUGCAAGUGGAUCCACCUGGAUAAACAGAUUGUGGUUUAUUUUCUCUAUCAAAAGUGUAAUUAUAUAUGAGCUAUACAUUGAAUUAUGGUAAUUGGUAAUUUAGAUUGUCACUCAGAGGAUAGGAUAAGAUUACCAGUCAUACACAGUAAAAUAUUAAUUGAAUUACUGUAUGCAACUGGACCAGCAGUUACUGGCUAGGAGGGAAGGUCUGCAGACAUGAAACAAAAAAAAUAAAAAUAAAAAAUGGCAGACAUUGAACCUGCAUUCUGCAAGUCUGAAACAAUUGGGAGACCAAAACUAGGUGGUCCUCGAAUGAGUUUUCAAUCUAUAAGGUGACCAAGCGCUCAAGAGGGAGAUUCCCAGUUACAUGUACUUGUACAAGGUGAGGCACUUCUCAAUUUUACCACAUACAGUAUUCUUUGUUUAUUCCCGCCAAACACACGACGUUGCUACAAUGUUCGAACAAGUUUUAACACCUAACAAUUGUAACAACCCAUAUAUAGCAAGUUGUAACAACUUCAUUCUAAUACAUCAUAAAAAUGUUAUAACAAGCUGUAGCAACUUCAUUACCAGUUGUAACAAAGGAAUCAUAUGGGCCGUUACGUUGUGUGUUUGCAGGGUUGUAAAAGAACAUAGCCAAGCUAAGUGUAAGUACAGUAUUUGAAAUCUUUUAAAUAGUUGCGAGUGUUGCUGCAGAUUCCUACAUACAAUGAGAAGCCUUUUAAGCAAAAUUUUGUGUGGAAGAUUGUCACUGUUCAUAACAAAGGAAGAGGCGUACCGUACAAGAUUUUCCCUGAAGUAACUUUAUCGAUAAAUAAAUGUUGCAGUAAUUAAGAAAUGCAUUUUAUACGCAUGCAUUGUCAAAAAGGUUAUUGUGAGAAGUAUCUAGGACUGCUUCACUUUUAUUUUUUAAGUACAAUAUAUUAAAUUUUGGCAGCAGGAAUGUGUGUGUGUAACAGCUUGUAGUACAAAUGUUGGAAAUGUUCAUUAUGUACUUGUACAUACCCAUAUAACUAUGAAUGUUUUGUCUAGUUGAUCAGUGCGCUGCUUUACGUUUAGCGAUGGUAUACAAGACUGAGGAAGGAUUAUAAUACUGAAACGUGGUCUUCCCAUAGGAGGAAAGAAGGCAUGUGGAAGGAUCUCACUUGCAUUUGUAUGUUUACAAAACCUUCAGUUCAGUGUUUGCUAUGUUUGUUAGACAUAUAUAAAUGAAAGACAGCAAUGUUAAAAUAUAUUGCAUAUUCCACAUCAUUGUACAGUAAAUAAAAAGUUACCUAGUCUGAAACAUUGGAAGCUAGAGCAAGAAAUUUACACACAGAUGUAAGAAGUGGAAGAUAUGCAAUUAGCUGGAACCAGAAUGGGAGCAUAAUGGAUUAGUCAACCAAAACUAUCUGAAUGUGUUUUGAGUAAAGUAAAAGUGCAUACACAAUGGCAUAAUAUGGUAACUAAUUAUGGUUGUGACUAUUUUUAAGAUAUCUAAAUUAUGACAAAAAUAUUGCAUACCUUGAAUGUUAAGAGAUGUGUAGGUGCUAACACACAUUUGUGGCCUUGACUUGGGUGCUUCAGUCUUCUUGUUUGGAUUCAUACAUUUUUUUGUUGAUAAAAGUUUUCCUGCUUCUUUGUUGUUGCUCUAAUAUUAGUUUAGGCCAUUCCACAAGGUUGGUAUUAGUAUAUUUUACUACAUUAGCUUUUACCUUUUAAGAAAAUAUUUAAUUUUAAAAUAUUCUUAUAUGGGAUUGUGUUCCAUUGUGCCACUUUGAAACUUAAUUACAAAAAUACAGUAUGUAAUAUAAAGCAUGCAAAUUAAAAAAUCAGCAAAAAUG